UGGAACAUUGCAUACGCUGACUGAGCAGUACAGUACACCUGUUACGUGGGCGCUCGACAAAGGCAGUUCUUUUAAAAUGAAGCAAGUCAUCCUCGCUCUCGUAUCGCUCUGCUUCUUCGGCCCUUUUGCAGAAACGUGCGACUCCACAACAAUAUCCGAGGCCAACAUUGACUGCUACAAAAGAUUUGAAAAGGAACACGGCGGCCUUCCCCGAAAACCAAAUGAUCCAAUUGAGCCAACUGGGAAUAUAAGAUUACUCUGUUGUAUGUUAAAAUACAACAAGUAUUGCGUUCCUAAACUCCUAGAAGACAAAGGAUGCCACCCCGCUGCUGCUCUACAAUCUGCGACGGAGAUAGAGACAAGAAUGAAAAAUUGUCCAACAACCAACCCGAUAUGCGUCCCUCCACCACAGUGCAAGCGAGGCUUACCCGACGCCAAACUCAUUUGCGAGUACAGAUAUAAAAAUGAACAUGGGACCACAGCUCCAAAGCGUCGUGCAGACCUGCAAGCGAGAGAUCAGGGCCGAGACAAAGUGCACAAAAAACGUUGCUGUCUAAUGCAAUUCAUCAAGGAUUGUGUUCCGAAAAUACUCCAAGAAGAGUACUUAUGUAGUGAUCCAGACUUUCUUGAGAUGUUCUUCGAGCAAAUACGAACCGAGUGUGGAACAUCCAAGUGGGACUGUACAGGUGUCCCUGCACCACAGUGCGAUGACGAACAAUUAUCCAACGCGAUGAAAAUUUGCGAUUACAAAUAUACGGAUGAGCACGAAACCCCAGCUCCAAAACGUCGUGCAGACCUACAAUCUAGGGAUUUGAGCCCUGCUCAGGUGCACAAACUACGUUGCUGUCAAAUGGAAUACAACAAGGUUUGUGUUCCGCGAUUUCUCAAACAUGACAGAUGCAGUGAUCCAGAUUUUAUUGAAAUGUUCCUCGAGCAAGUACGCGCAGAAUGUGGAACAUCCAAGUGGGUCUGCAUGAAGUGCAAUCAAAGAGCUAUAUCCGAUGCCGAAUAUGUGUGCUUAAGGAAGUACGAACAGGAACAUGGCAUUAUUUCUAGAGGCCUGAUGUCCGGCAAUGACAAAGGACUGUGCUGCACGUUGGACUACAAGAAGAAUUGUGUUCCAGACCAACUAAAAGCUAAAGGAUGUGGUGAACAACUUGUUCAGAAUUAUGUUGCGAAGAUACAGCGCGAAAUGACAAACCAAUGUGCAGCAUCGAACUCGAUCUGCUUGCAGUGCAAUCAAAAAACUAUAUCCGAUGCCGAAGAUGUGUGCUUAAGGAAGUACGAACAGGAACAUGGCAUUAUUUCUAGAGGCCUGAUGUCCGGCAAUGACAAACGACUGUGCUGGUAA